AUGCCUAUAGAUCUCGAUAAGCUAUUGAAGGAAAAGCGGGCAGCUGAAGCGGCCUCUGCUAAACCUCGCUUCAUCCCCAAGGCUGAGCGCGAGCGCUUGGCGGCCGAGAAGCUCAAGAAGGAGGAACAGGACAAGAAGCGCAAAACGGUGGAAGAAAGCCAUCGGAAGAAGGAGGAAGAAAAAAAAUGGGAAGCACGGUCACAUACCGCGCCGUCGACCAAUGGCGUCUCCCACAGGUCAAACCAACAGGUCCCGACCGGACCGCGGUCCAUGAAUCAGCAGCAACAACAGCAGCCUAGCCGUGAGCCUUCGACGAAAGGGAACAAAAAGUCAAGCAAACCACUUGGCGACAAGCAAUCGGCCGAAGACAUUGAAGCGUCCCUGCUGCGAUCCCGAUACCUUGGCCCUCAGGUGAACCAACAAUCCAACUUUUCGGCGAAGAAGAAGCGGAUGCGGACGACGGAGAAGAAGUUCAACUUUGACUGGGAUGCCGACGAUGACACAUGGAGAGACAACGACCCCCUAUACACGCAGCAGAGCAUAAACCGUGGCGGUGCCUUCACCGGCGUCGGCGGCGAGUUUGACGCCGAGGCCGAGCAAAGAGCACGGAAGCGAGCGCGCAUGAUCGAGGAGCGGGAUCCCGAGAAUGGCAAGGAGCGAGCGCAGGGCAUAAUGCAAGACUUUUACCGUGCUCGUGACAGGGCGAGGGAAAGAGCCGAGAGGACUGGCUUAGGACGGCACUGGUCGGAAAAGAAGCUUCUCGAGAUGCGCGAACGAGACUGGAGAAUUUUCAAGGAGGACUUUGGCAUUGCCACAAAAGGAGGCAGCAUACCGAACCCUAUGCGAAACUGGGCCGAGUCUGAUCUCCCAUCUCGGCUGCUCAAGAUUGUGGACAAAGUGGGAUACAAGGAGCCGAGUCCGAUUCAGCGAGCGGCGAUCCCCAUCGCGCUACAGGCCCGCGAUCUUAUCGGCGUUGCCGUCACUGGUUCCGGAAAGACGGCAGCCUUCCUCCUUCCGCUGCUCGUCUACAUCUCCGACCUGCCGCCCUUGACCGAGAUCAACAAGAAUGAUGGCCCGUACGCCUUGAUCCUUGCCCCGACUCGAGAGCUUGUCCAACAGAUUGAGACGGAGGCCAUGAAGUUUGCCAACCCGCUCGGAUUUCGUUGCGUGAGCAUCGUAGGUGGUCACGCACUGGAGGAGCAGGCGUACGCCCUUCGAAACGGUGCCGAAAUUGUCGUCGCCACGCCGGGCCGCCUUGUCGACUGCAUCGAGCGCCGACUCUUAGUCCUCUCCCAGUGCUGCUACGUCAUCAUGGAUGAAGCCGAUCGCAUGGUAGAUCUGGGCUUCGAAGAAUCCGUCAACAAGAUUCUCGAUGCACUUCCCGUCAGUAACGAGAAACCGGACACCGACGAUGCGGAAAAUGCACAGCUCAUGAAGGGCUAUCUUGGCAGCCAGCGAUACCGCCAGACAAUGAUGUACACGGCCACCAUGCCCACCACGGUCGAGCGUAUUGCCAAAAAGUACCUUCGUCGUCCAGCGAUAGCGACGAUCGGUAACGCAGGUGAAGCUGUCGACACGGUCGAGCAGCGCGUCGAGCUCAUCUCCGGCGAAGACCGUCGCAAACGUCGUCUUCAGGAGAUCCUCACCUCCAAGCAGUUCGUUCCGCCCAUCAUCGUCUUCGUCAACAUCAAGCGCAACUGCGACGCCGUUGCCCGCGACAUCAAGUCUAUGGGCUAUUCGGCCGUUACCUUGCACGGCUCCAAAACGCAGGAGCAGCGAGAGGCGGCCCUGGGAUCGGUGCGCUCUGGCCAGACCCAGGUACUCGUGGCGACCGACCUGGCCGGUCGUGGUAUCGAUGUUCCCGACGUCUCCCUCGUCGUCAACUUCAACAUGGCCACCAACAUCGAGAGCUACACUCAUCGAAUCGGUCGUACUGGCCGUGCGGGCAAGAGUGGUGUGGCCAUUACCUUUCUGGGCAACGAAGACGCCGAUGUCAUGUAUGACUUGCGCCAGAUGCUCACCAAGAGUUCCAUAUCCAAAGUGCCCGACGAGCUAAGGCGGCACGAAGCGGCUCAGUCCAAACCGGUGCGAGGUGGAGGCGCAUCGAGAAAAGACCAGAGCGUUGCCGAGCGCGGCGCCGAGGGAGGUGGUGGCAAGGGAAGCUGGCAGCCGUAA